UGAGGAACCAGCAGAAAAAAAUAUAAAUGCGCAGACAAAAUUAAUAAUGUCGUCUGGAUCAAACUCUGCAACUAAUUCUCCAAGUAAAGUCUCUUCCAUUCCCAAUACCGAGCACAAAAAAGUCGAUGAUUCAAUGACGAAUCCUGCUACUCUUCCUACGCAUCCUCUUCCUCAAACAGAACCACCGUCAGCCAAAAUAUUAAAUUCCUCUUCAUCUGCGCCCGAAACUCAACCAAAAGUGAGGCCCGCAAGCAGCUGCAGCGCAGAAAUGUCGCACCACGACACGAAAUUCUCAUCAUUUUUAGACUCGCUGGUAAAGAAAGAAGGUGAAGACGACGGCAGCGACAGGAGCGGUGAAUCUGGAUGUGAAGAAUUCGAGCUCUCGACUGAUGAUGGGCAAAACUCACAAGAUUCUCAUCAGUUUGUUGGAAGUCGGAAGUCUGGAUCUUGCAACGCCACAUCUAAAUCUGAGGAUAAAGAUGUUAAUGACGAGAAUAUAAUUAAUGGCAGUAGUGAGGCCGGUAAUAAGUCUUCUGGUGGCAGUAGAAAACGACCUCGGAGUCCGUCCCAAGUCGCGAGAGUGAAGAGAUGCAGGAGGAUGAAAGCCAACGAUAGAGAGAGAAACAGGAUGCACCUUUUGAACACUGCCCUAGAACGCCUGCGUCUGACACUGCCCACGCCCCCCGACGACACAAAGCUCACCAAGAUCGAGACGCUGCGGUUCGCCUACAACUACAUAUGGACGCUGAGCGAAAUGGUGCGCAGUUGCGACCUAAUGGGUGGUAGUCCACGACUGCCUUCAAGCGCUAACUUCCAUAAUGGCAGUAUCAUGGAUAAUCCAAAUGGGUUUUUCCACAUGGGCUUUCUAUCAAAUGGAAUGAGUCCCAGCGGACAAGACAUGAACCCUAUGCAAGGAUUUUAUCAUCCUUCAAAUACUAACGGGGCUUUCAGAACGCAAGAAGUACCGCAGUGUCAUGAGAUGGGGGCUGCUUUGAAUGUUGGGAUGGUUAGUAACGCUCCCCUGCAUCCCCAGACACCAUGCGAGUUUACUUCCCCACGAGAGGGGAUGGCAGGCUGGGGGACCAUGACUUCAUCCCCACCCACAUAUAAUACCCACCCACCAACCUACUCUCCAUUUCCCCCGCAUCCUUAUCAAGUCCAAUGAUUUUCAUUAAAUCGAAUAAAAUUGCUUGCAAAUAUUUUCCAUUGAUCUAUUAAUUAAGAAGUCCCGUUCAUAUCUCAGCAUUUUAAUUCGACAUAUUCAUCAUGAAAAAUAUUAUAGAACUUAGAGCC